UUGCUCCAGUAUUGAUUCCAAGGGUGAUGAAUUCAAAGCUCUAAUCUAUGAGUUGAUGGAAAAUGGAAAUCUGGACCUGUGGCUGCAUCCUUCAGACACAACUGAUCAGGCAACAAGCUCAAGAAGUCUUAAUCUUCUUCAGAAGCUAAAUAUUGCAAUUGAUGUGGCUUCAGCAUUGCAAUAUCUUCACGACCACUGCGAAGAUGAGAUUGUUCACUGUGAUCUAAAACCAAGUAACAUUCUUCUUGACAAUGAUCUUGUUGCUCAUGUGGGUGAUUUUGGAUUGGCAAGGCUUCUCCCGAAACCCGUCAACACUUCUUCGGAGCAAGGAACCAGCAGUACUAUUGCCAUAAAAGGAACAAUAGGUUACGCAGCUCCAGAGUAUGGAAUGGGCCUUGGGGCAUCAACUCAGGGGGAUGUCUACAGCUACGGCAUUCUUUUGCUAGAGAUGCUUACAGGGAGGAGACCAACUGAUGAUAUAUUCGUGGGUGACCUGAAUCUACAUAACUAUGUUAAUGGGGCUUUACAUGAACAAGUUUCUGAGACCAUGAACCCGUUGCUUUUUCUUGAAGGAGAUGAAAACAGAAAAAUAACUCCUGGAGGGAAAAAUAGCAAUGGUGGAAAAGAGAUGGAGUGCAUUAUUUCCCUACUGAAAAUUGGACUGAAGUGCUCUGCAAGAUUACCAAAUGACAGGAUGCAUAUGAAUGAAGUUGUCAGAAAAUUACAUGUCAUUAAGGAUGUUUUACUUGGUCUGAGGGUACACCAAGAAAAUCUUGAAGUUUGAUUGCCACAGCUGCUUACUGGUCUGAAUCACCAAGAUGAAGUUGCUAGUUCGAUGAACUGAUAAAGAAGACAUCUGUGGCUUUUUAUUUGAAAAAAUAAAUGGAUGAUUCAAACAUAUUCCUAGUCUUUCUUUACAAGAAUUGUAUGUUUUGGAAGGUAGUCAAUUAGGUCAAUUCGGUUUGAACAUCUUUACGCUUCCAUACUAUGCUUGGAUCUUAUGCUUCCAUACUGUACAUUAUACUAUAAGAGUAUUUAGUCCUUGCUUAAUAUUGGCCUGUAGAAACUUUCA